AACCAUGUCGUUACACUGUAUUUCUGGUUUGAGAUUUAAGAAAGCGCAUUCUUUAUAACAAGAGGUAUAAAUCUGCGGUCGUCGAUUGGGUCGUCACGCGUAUUAGAAGCGGAUGUGCGAUUACAGUCGCGCCGUGAAUGGGUGUCGUUACGACAAUCGAGUUACAAUGCAUUUGUUCGUUGGCCGAACUGUACCUUGUCCUACAAAUUGUGAUUUACAUUCAUUAUUGAGACUUAGUCCCGCGCCAUGGUCCAGUGAAAAUGCACGCGGCAUUUUAGUUGUUUUUUCUCCUUUGUUUGAUAAACAUGGUGACAAUGAAACCGAGUGCAAAAUAACACGCAAGUGUUCGAUUUUUAAACUUAUAUUUUUUUAAUAGUUAGUUGCCAGUUUGUUUUGUGCGAGUGUAGUGCUGUGUUAAUAUAAAAAAAAGAAUUUAAAAAAAGUAUUUUAUAAAAUUAACUGUGUAGUGAUAAUGUGGUAGUAAAAAUAUUAAAAUAAAAUAAAUUAAACUAAGUAAUAAAAAUAGUAGUGUAGCGCCAUGGCUUCCGAAGAAAAAUCGAUAAAAACUCAUUUGGACGAUGUGUUGGGAAAGUUUACGAUGUUUGGACCUUACCACGGGCAGUUGAUGUUGUUUUUAGGCCUGGCAUACGCCUCGAACUCAGCCUAUUCAUCUAAUUAUGUGUUUGCUGUAGAAGAAGCCAGAUAUAGGUGUAAAGAUGAAAGAUUUGCAGAGGACAUGUGCGGUACUAUCAAUGGGACGUCGUGCCCAGAAUGGGAAUAUGAUAAAACUGAGAGUUUCGUGGCAUAUUUUCAGCUUGCCUGUCAAGAUUGGAAGAGAACCCUGGUGGGAACGGUUCACAGUUUGGCUUACAUGAUUGGGCUUCUUUUUGUUGGUCCUUUAUCUGACAGAAUAGGAAGAAAAGCUUUGAUAGUAAUAACAGGCGUGUUGGGUGGAGUACUGGGUAUCGCCAGGAGUUUUGUUACUUCCUAUUGGUUGUACAUAGUACUGGAGUUUCUGGAAUCAGCCUUCGGAGAUAUAUGCUCACCAGCAUACAUUUUGAACAUAGAAAUAAUAGCCACUACCAAACGUGUUCCCUACUACAUGCUGUGCGCUAUCGGAUACAGCGUCGGUGGUAUACUCAAAGCUCUUGUAGCUUGGAUGGUUCCUGACUGGAGAAACUUCUUACGUGUUCUAUACGCUCCAGCCUUACUCUUCUUUUUAUACAUUUACUUGAUUGACGAAAGUCCAAGAUGGCUCCUAAUAAAGGGCAAAAAGAAAGAAGCAGUAGCAAUUAUAGAGAAAAUGGCAAAGAAGAACGAUAUCGCAAUCGACCAGAAGGUGCUAGAUAAUUUAGUUAGCGAUACAAAGCAAGAAGAGAAUGUGGAAUUUGGGACUGUUUUGAAGAGUACGUUUACUUCUGUGACCUUGUUUAAGAGGUUCAUUGUAUGUGUGAUAUGGUGGACGACUUCGACGUUUGUGAACUAUGGGAUGACGAUAACAUCAGUGUCCUUGCAAGGGAACAUGUAUUUGAACUAUGCUUUAGUAUCGAUGACUGAUGUCCCUGGUAGUUUUAUAGCAAUGUAUGUGCUGAUGAAGUAUAAUAGGAAGAUCCCGUUGAUUGUCAGCUUCUUGCUGGCUGGUGUAUUUUGUGUUGGACAACCAUUCUUGCCUACAAACUUAGUUUGGCUAUCAAUAACAAUGUUCCUGAUCAGCAAAGUGAUGGUGACUCUGUACUUCGCCAUCACCUACAUGUAUACGUCGGAAUUAUUCCCUACAUACACAAGGAACUCUAUGCACGCGUUGUGCUCGUCCUUGGGACGAGUGGGAUCUAUAGUAGCACCGCAGACACCACUUUUGACGAUGUACUGGCAUGGUCUUCCAUCAUUAGUGUUUGGAAUCUCAUCACUAGUGGCUGGGUUCGCCACCUUCUUAGUUCCCGACAUCGCCAAUGAUGCAUUACCUGACACUGUCAAAGAGGCUGAAGCGAUAGGCAAUAAAGAUAAACCAUUAAAAGUUAAUCAUGACGUUGUAAAUAAAAGUUUUGACUGGAAAGAGUCCAAACACACUGCUGACCAUAUUUUCCCUUCGGAGGACGAAUCGUUGGACGAGGUGCAGAUGAAGGCCAAACCAAAGGAAAACAAGAAACGUAAGUCGACGCCAACGCGCAGCCCCCAGCCGUCUACCAGUAAGAAAAGCAAGACAGUUAUUCGCCCCAUACCUCCUGUUACCAAGUCUACGGCUCGCGAAGUAUUUGGGAGUGACAGCGACGACGACGCGGUAGACGUACCCGCGGAGAAGAAGCCUCCGGUUAUUUACUCCUACGUCACAAGGAGACUGGCCAAUGGCUUUUCUCGUCAAAUAGAUGAGAAUAAAAAAGGUGCGUUCUACAUUGAACUUAAGGUUUACAAGUGUGAUGAGAUAGAGCGGAUUCAACCCGUGAAUAGGUGGCGUCACUCAGUGAUCACUAUAAAAAAUAAAACGGACGAAGAUUCUGAAUCUUGGCGGCACUUGAAUGAAUUUAUUAUAAGUACUAGGCGGGAGUUCAAACGCUGUACUCCAACGUUUAUAAGUUCAUACCAGUAA